AUGGCUAAGGAAAAAAAUAUUUGCCAACGCUGUUUGGAAGUGGUGAUUGGCAUAUUCACAAAGAUGUUUUCUGUCUUUAAAAAUAUUGGCAUGCCUAAGGUGAAAGAAAAGAACAGCAAUGUAGCUGAAAGCAUUUUUCACAAAGAAAAAAUCGCAAUACUUGGCUAUCAGUUGAAGAAUAAAACUCUGCCCAUUGAGAAGAGAGCUCAAGCUGCCCAUAAAUUGGGUCUGUUGGCUUUCACAGGAGGACCAAUGGCAGCAAAAUGGGUGUCCGAUUACAUGCAUGAUGUAGUUUCAAUCUUGCAGAAAGGCAAUAUUCCUCCUCAUGUUAAGGUCUUGCUACUGGAGAGCAUGUCAUCUUGGUGCUACAUAAACAUUGCUGGCCAAAAGAAAAUCAAAAUCAUAAACAUUAUUCCCCUACUUGUGUCUUUUCUAGAAGAAAUGCCUGAGAAUCCCCAUUCUAAGGAGUCCGAACUGCCUGUUAAAUUCUGGUCUUGCUAUCUUCUUACUGUCAUUAUUUGUAACAACAUUCCAGCCAUUCGAGAUCUUGGGGAAUAUGAACAUUUGAAGUAUUUACUCCAAAUCCUGGCAAGUGAGAAUUGGCAGGGAUGGCCUGAGAAUUUUGCUGAAGUCUUGUUCUUCCUGAUGGGGUACCACAGGGAUUAG